UAUAAAGAAGAGAAGAGAAUGCACAUAAGGCAUUAAAAAAAUGUGUUUUUGGCCUUUGAGUUUAAAGGUUUUGACAUGUUCUUGAAGGAAGUUAUGAGGGACUUGAUAACAGAGUAGAAUCAUAUAAAAUUGGGUUUAUGAUUAAUAUCAUUUUUCUGCAGAUUAAUUCUACCCAAGAGUCAAAGCAAUAAAACCGUAUAAUCAAAAUGACCAUUAUUUUAGUGAAAACCUACAAAUAAAAGCUUCUGUAAAUUGUACAUUUUUUAUUUGUAUUUUUUUAGAACUGUAGAAUAGUAGCACAGAAACUUCUGACCAAAAAGACUUGAAGAACAUUUAGAAAUCUUUUUCAACAUCACAAAAGGCGCAUUAUGAAGAGAAAUGUGCUCGAGAGAAGUUUACAGGAGGAAUAGGAUUUUAUUUAGGAUUCAUUUCUCUUUAAAAGAUGUUAUUUAUUCUUAUACACACAAAAGCAAAAUGUUUUAAUGUGUACAUAAAAGAAUUUGACAGUAAAUACGGUACAUUUGACAUCAAUAAGCAGAAAUUUGACCAUUUUAUUCUUAAAUUUGAGUUAUUAAAUUCUAUAAAUAUUUUAAAGAUAAUUUUAUGUUAAGUAAAGUCCCCUCUAUGCGCUUUAAAGGAAAAAGAAGAAACAUUUAUCCUUUUUUUCUCCCUUUUUAUUUUCUCAAUGUUAUAUGAUUGUUAUAAUGUAAAUAUGCAUUAUUUGUUGAUACUUUUUGUUAUUCUUCUUUAAAUUAAUAAAGAAAGUACCUGUAUUAGGCUUUAACUUUAUCAUCAUUUAUUAUUAUUAUUAUUAUUGUUGUUAUUAUUAUAUUUACAGACUUGUAAAGACGUCAUAAUGAAUAAUUUUGACGUAUAUAAAAGAAGUUUAUGAAAUAUAAAAUGUGUUUUAUAGAUUUCAGAUUUCAUAUCUCUCGCUUUUUAAAACGCUAGUCGCUCGGGCACGGCGGCGUUUCUGAUUGGCCGGUACUUCCUGGAGGAUUGUAGGUGGGAAUUGUAGUCUUUGUUUUGUAGUCCCGGCUCGGGUUCACUUCCGGAAGCGGACAGCUUUCGGCUCUAUGGCAACGUCAUCGGUGCGGCGUGUGCGCGUGCGUCCGUUCGCCCGUGUGUGGUGUGUAUGUUCGUGUGCGUGUGCCUGAGUCUGCUCUACCGGACCGAGUUAGCGCGUGUUCUACGGUUUCGACCCGCGGAGGCGUGCGACAUGGCGGCGGCAGCAGCGGCGGCAUCGUCAUCAUCAUCAUCAUCCUCAUCAUCCACGGCGGCGGCGGCCCCGACCUCCAGCCCGAGCACGAGCCCGAACACGAACGCAGGCCGGAGCGCAGGUUCGAGUUCCGUUACCAGUCCGGAGGAGGUGCAGCGGCCCGCGGUAGUAGCGGCGGCGGCGGCAGCAGCGGCAGCAGCAGCGGCAGCGGCAGCGGCGGCAGCUCUGGCGGGUGACGGAGAACCAGAGGAAGCCGAACAGUUCUCCUCAGCGCAGCACUGCUCGGAGCUCGCGCGGCGGCAGAACGAGCAGCGGAAGCUCGGGCUCUUCUGCGACGUCACUUUAGCGUUCAGCGGCGGUGGUGCUGGAGGAGGUGGUGUAGGAAGAGUAGAGAGCGCAGGGGCGGACACCGGGUUCGAGCUCGGCGCGCACCGUUCCGUGCUCGCAGCCGCCACCGACUACUUCACCCCGCUGCUCGGCGGCCAGUACGCGGAGUCCGUGUCGCGGCGCGUCGAGAUGAAGGAGUGGAGCAGCGAGGCGGGGCCCGAGCGCGAGACCGUCGAGAGCGUGGUGCAGUUCAUGUACACCGGAGAGAUCCGGGUCAGCACGAGCAACGUGCACGAGGUGCUGGAGCUCGCUGACAGGUUCCUGCUGGUGCAGCUGAAGGAGUUCUGCGGCGAUUUCCUGAAGCGGAAGCUGAGUCUGGCGAACUGCGUGGCCGUACACAGCCUGGCGCACAUGUACACGCUGGACCAGCUGGCGUUGCGUGCCGCCGAAAUGAUCCGCCGCAACUUCCACCGGGUGAUCCAAGACGACGAGUUCUACACGCUCCCAUUUCACCUGGUCCGCGACUGGCUGAGCGAUGCCGAGAUCACCGUCGACUCGGAGGAGGUUUUGUUCGAUGCUGUCAUCAAGUGGGUGCACCGUGGCACAGAGGACCGCGAGCGGCACUUUGAGGAGCUUUUCCGCCUACUUAGGCUGCCGCAGAUCAAGCCGACUUACCUGACGAGGGUGGUGAAGAAUGAGCCGCUCGUGGCGCGGAACGAGGCGUGUCUCAAACUGGUCUCGGAGGCUGUGGAGAGUCACGCCAUCCGUUUUGAGAACCACAAAAAGUCGCCGUCCGAUUCGGAAUUCUGGGCCGCCUUUCAGCCUCGUUUCGGGCAAAACAUGGACGUCAUCAUGGUGGUCGGCGGUGUUUCGGAAGGAGGCGACUAUUUGAGCGAGUGCGUUGGGUAUUUUGUCUACGAAGAUCGUUGGGUGAACCUCCCACACAUCCAUAACCACCUCGACGGCCACGCGAUCGCGGUCACGGAUUCGUACGUCUACGUCGCAGGAUCGAUGGAGCCCGGAUUCGCCAAAACCGUGGAGCGAUACAAUCCAAAUCGCAACACUUGGGAGCAAGUGAGCAAUCUGACGACACGAAAACACUCAUUCGGGCUUACGUGCGUAAAAAAUAUCCUCUACAGCAUUGGAGGGCACGGAAACUUUAGCCCAGGCUUCAAGGACGUAAGCGUUUACGAACCGGAGCAGGACAAGUGGCACAACUUGGAAUCGGCACCGAAAAUCCUGCGGGACGUCAAAGCGAUUAGCGUUGAAGAUCGGUACGUUUAUGUGACUGCGAGGACGCCUGUGGAUACCGACAACGAUGACGGACUGAAGACCGUGACGACCAGAUACGACACCGAAAGCCGCCAGUGGCAGGAAGUUGACUCUUUGCCCCUGAUCGACAAUUACUGCCUCUUCCAAAUGGCUGUGGCAUCCACCAAUUUUUACCACACGGCAUCCUGCUGUCCGAGAAGCUACACCAACGUCAGAGACGAAGCCGCGCGGCUGAAAAUCAGUGCCCGAAUCUCGGAUGAGAUCCUCGAAAGCCUGCCUCCAGAGGUCACUAGUGUCGAAGGAGCCGCGGUAUGCUUCCUCGGAGACGAUGUUUUUGUCAUCGGCGGCUGGAAAAACAGCGACGACGUGGACAAGCAGUACCGCAAAGAGGCGUACCGGUACUGCGCUGAGAGAAAACGGUGGAUGCUCCUCCCUCCGAUGCCGCAGCCUCGUUGUAGGGCGACCGCGUGCCACGUCCGAAUCCCGUACCGCUUCCUGUACGGGUGCCAGAGGUAUCCGAUGCCGCAGAACCUAGCGCGGCAGCGAGACCGGAUGCAGCAGAUGCAGCAGCUCCAUCGGCGCACCCUCACCCUGCGCAGGCAGCUGCAGUCCCAGAUUGAAUGCUGAAGGAAUACACAAUAUCCGGCUGUGUUUUGGGUCUAAACUGACGGUCCUCUGGGCCACCAGGUAUCGACGAGGAGCCGAUUUUGUGAACACCUUUUAAUGCCGUUAUUGAAACAUAUGUAACAUCUUUUGGUCCAGCUUUCAUCUGUUCACCGUGGAAACUGAGGUCGGCAACUUUGAUGGAACAUGGAAAGUAAUUGUGCGAAAGAAUUCUGGAAAACAUCAUCCAGGCCACUUGGGGUUGCUGGUUCUGCCAUUUUUCAUCGCCUUUUAGCGCUUCUUCGUAUAUUUAUUUGUCAGCGUUUCGGUAGACCUGGACUGAAGCAGUCAGUGAUGAGCGAAAGCCCCUCGUGUCCACUGGGAGGCGACAUCGAGCAACAAGCAAUGAGAGAGAAAAAAAUAACAUUCCACCAUUACAGGUUUCAUAUUGUGUUCUGUUUGUGAUAUUUGUCAAGAUUUUAUCGCUUUGACCAGUAGGACACUAGGCAAAGUUGUGCACAACGAUGCAUCACUUCCUGUGAUGGAUUUCCCUUCCCCCGGCCCUGACAUUGUGUUUGAUGGCUUUUCAAAAUAGCACCGUGUACCUGAGUAAACUUUCCAGCGGCUCAAGUCAGUGAAUAUAAUGUGCUUGUAUUUAAGUCAGCUUUUUUUUUCCUCGAUUAAGUGUAUUAUAUAAUGUAUAAGUUGAUGGUUCAUAACCGUAAGCUGUUUUCAUGCUUAAUGUUUAACAGCCCACUAGAGGGCCACGUGGAGCGACGCCAUUCGGGCGGUAACAAAUGCACCGUAUGCGGCAUUAGCGCUUUGCGUGCUGCUGCCUGUUUAAACCGUAUUAAAACGCACUCAAAAAAUUGCCGUUUUCUUCUUUCAUGCUAAAAAUAAUCAAAUGAACCCGCCGUGAUACGAAUCCGGAGCCGUUUAACCGGAUCCCGCGUAAUAAAAAAUACAGCACAUUUCGCAGGUCUGAAUGUUGGAUUUUUGUGGACAGGGCUUGAAGAGGAAGUGAUGAGGUGUAGGGCGUGGUGUAUAUAAUAAAGGUGUAAUAUAUAAAGAUGUACAGGACGGAUUGAAGAAGUCGCGUGUAUUAAUUGUUAAUUCCGGACACAUGCAGCGGCGCUUCGCCUUUAUUUUUGGUGUUUGGCGUCAAAGACGAACGAAGAACCAGCCGUAAGACAAUGAUCCCUUUUUUUAUUCAGUAUGUUGUGUCUUAUCUCGUCCGUGAGCAGUUACGCAACGCAAGAAUUCCGCGUAGACAACCAGAAUGUUUGAUUUUUAGACGGUUAUUUUGUUACGUUAAAAUCUUUUUAAGGUUGAAACACUAAACAUCGUCUUUGCCACA